AUGUGCACGGCUUCUGAUACCUGAUGGACCUAGUUCAACCUGUUUUUGAAUGGUACUUUUUGUCUUCUGGAUUGAUUUUGAUUUUCUGACCAAGGGACAGCUGUCUGUUUAACGCAAUUGAACGAAAUGGCCUUAGAAGAUGUUUGCAAUAUUGGGGUCACUCCAGGACAUCACAAGUGGUUUUGUACUUCACCCUUUGAAGAUACAGCUGCAUCUCUUUACAUGACUCGCUAUCACAACUUUGGAUUGCAAACAAAUUGUCGAGUUCCAUUAAAUUUUUUCUUACCAGCUUUACCUGACAUCGUUUCCUCCAACCACAGACUUUCAUUGCCUUAUUCCCAAGCCAUCCGUUCAGGAACAGUUCACAUGCCUUUCCCUCUCACCCAUGGAACCACAACUCUUGGUUUCAUCUUCCAAGGUGGGGUCAUUGCAGCUGCAGACACCCGGGCCAGUGCCGGAGGUUUGGUUGCCUGCCCAGCUGUUCAUAAGAUUACACCUAUUCAUUCACACCUGGUGGUCACCUCUUCUGGAAGCGGUGCAGACUGCAUGUUGUGGGAGCGAAUUCUGGCCAGAGAGAUCAGACUCUACCAACUGCGACACAGAAGGCGACUGCCAAUACAUGGUGCAGCUAAGCUCCUAUCAUUUAUGUUGCAUCCCUUCAAAGGGACAAAUGUGUGUGUGGCUCUUACACUGUGUGGUUGGGAUAAUGAAGCAGGUAGCAUUGAGUGUACAAAGAGGUCAGAAUACUCUUCACUUGGCUCCUCAGCUGGUGUCAGUAUGGCUAAUGCUACUGCAACAGCAUGUUCUGCAUCCCCUAACAAAGGUCCUAAGCUGAUUUAUGUGUGUAGUGAUGGCGCUCGACUACAAGGGGAUCUCUUUUCUGUGGGAUCAGGUUCUCCCUAUGCUUACGGAAUCCUAGAUAGAGGACUGAGAUGGAACAUGAGUAAAGAUGAGGCCAUUUCCUUGGCAAGAGAGGCUGUAUUCAGAGCCACUCACAGGGAUGCUUAUUCAGGAAACAAUGUGGACCUCUUCCACAUCACAGACCAGGGAUGGCAACAAAGACAAAGAGAGAACCUAAAGGAGGAGUAUUAUCAAGAAAUGGAAAGAAGAAAAAUUAAAUGACUGAAAAUAAGAGGGUUACAGAAUAUAAUGUCUCUGGAUAAAGUGAUUCAUUUAUGUGUACAAAAUUCUGAUUUUAGUCAUACUGUGUGGUAUGAAGUCAAAGGAAGAGCCUGUGACCUAAAAAAUAAAAAUUAAAUAAAAUAUUAAGAUGAUGAAUAUGACAAAUAAUAAUAAUAAUAAAAAUAGACUACAGACAAUAUAAAAAUGUUCUUUGAAAUGUAAACAAUGACCAGUGAUGUGCAGAACAGUGUGCCAAAUGUAGACCAUAUGCAAAUGAGUGUAAAAAGGGCUUGAAUGGCACUUAC